AAUCUCAAUUCUUUCUCCUAUAUAUUCUCUCUACCCCUUUAUUACCCAAACCAAAAUAUGUAUUUUCUCUAAAAAAAAAACCUCAACAGGAGAGAGUUUAUUGGUUGAUUCUUCUUCCUCAACAAGAAAAAUAACAACCAUGGCUACUUCUCCUUCCUUCAACGGCGCCGAGAAAAAACACUGGUGGCUCACUAAUCGCAAGAUUGUUGAUAAGUACAUUAAAGACGCAAGAAAUCUGAUCGCGUCGCAAGAACAGAGCGAUAUUAUAUCAGCUUUGAAUCUUUUAGACGCAGCUUUAGCUUUAUCUCCGCGAUUUGAAGUGGCCCUCGAGUUAAAAGCUAGAUCUUUGCUUUAUUUAAAGCGAUUUAAAGAUGUGGCUAAUUUACUUCAAGAUUAUAUUCCGAGUUUAAAAAUGGGGAACUCUAAUAUUGAUGACUCGGGGUCUGUCUCGUCUGAUAACUCGAGCUCGUCGUCGCAGAAUCUCUCGAAAGAACGAGUUAAGCUGUUGGGUUCUGAUAACUCGUCGUCGGGUGACUCGGGUGAGAAAGAUCCAAGUUUCAAGUGUUUUUCUGUGUCGGAUUUGAAGAAGAAAGUCAUGGCGGGGCUUUGUAAAAACUGUGAUAAAGAGGGGCAAUGGAGAUACUCGGUUUUGGGACAAGCAUGUUGUCAUCUAGGACUAAUGGAGGAUGCCAUGGUCCUCCUCCAGACCGGAAAACGCCUCACUACAGCUGCAUUCCGUAAGCAAAGCAUUUCUUGGUCGGACGACAGCUUUUCCAUUUCCGACUUUCCGAUAUCAGGCGAUGUCACUGCAUUAUCAGCGCCCCCAACGCCUCCUCGUGGUACAUUGUCGGAAACCGAAAGCAUUUCUCAUCUUUUGGCACACAUCAAGCUCCUCCUCCGUCGUCGCACAGCGGCCAUUGCCGCCCUCGACGCGGGCCUGUACGCAGAGGCCAUCCGCCACUUCAGCAAGAUUGUAGAAGGGCGUAGAGGAGCCCCACAGGGAUUCUUGGCAGAAUGUUACAUGAAUAGAGCUUUUGCAUACAAGUCAUCCGGCAGAAUUGCAGAGUCAAUUGCUGAUUGUAACAAAACCUUAGCUCUCGACCCGACUCGGAUUGAGGCACUUGAAACCAGAGCUUUGCUUUUAGAAACAAUCAGAUGCUUACCCGAUUGUCUACAUGAUCUCGAGCACUUAAAAUUGCUAUACAACUCGAUCUUGAGGGAUCGGAAACUUCCAGGACCGGCCUGGAAGAGGCAUAACAUAAGAUACAGAGAAAUUCCAGGAAAACUCUGUGCAUUGACAACUAAAAUUCAGGGAUUGAAGCAGAGAGUUGCAUCCGGUGAGACCGGAAAUGUCGAUUAUUACGCGUUGAUCGGGUUGAGACGCGGGUGUUCACGAUCCGAGCUAGAAAGAGCUCAUUUGUUGCUGACUUUAAGGCAUAAACCUGAUAAAGCAACAAACUUUAUGGAAAGGUGCGAGUUUUCAGAUGACAGGGAUCUUGAUUCAGUUAGAGAUAGAGCUAAAAUGUCAGCAUUGCUACUCUAUAGAUUGCUCCAGAAAGGUUAUUCAAGUGUAAUGACGACAAUUAUGGAGGAAGAAGCAGCGGAGAGACACAGAAAGAAAGCUGCAGCCGCUUUACAAGCGGCGCAAGCUGCAAUUCAAGUCCAGCAAAAAACAAUCCACAGUCCUCGACGUGAACCAAACACAACUAAAAUGGAGAAAACAAGCUCUAAAAGGAUCAUUUCAAUUGAAAAUCAGGCAACCGCAGCAGCAGCAGCAGCAACAUCGUCAGGAAACGCUAAUUCAUCGGUGUUUCAAGGAGUAUUCUGCCGUGAUCUUGCUACAGUCGGGAAUUUACUAGCUCAAGCUGGAUUUAACCGUCCAAUUCCAGUCAAAUACGAGGCAUUGAGCUGCUAAGUAUAAAAUCCCAAAGAACAAAGACAGUCAAAACAAUCAAAAAAAUCUGAGGAGAUGUUACCGGCGGGAGAAUCUCUGGUUCAUUUUGUACAAAAGGAAACAUAAAUAUUUAUAUUUAAACCCGCCGGAAAAUUUUGUCACUCUCUUUUUCAUCCACCAUCUAUCAUGUACAUAAUUUUAUUAUGGUAUUCUGAAUUUGCUAUAAAUUUUGGGUUUUAUUUA